CAUGUAUUGUCCAACUUGCAGUUUAGAAAUCAGUCAACCGAGAUAUCCCUAAGCUACUACCCCAGAGUCUGCUGCAGUCUCUGGCAGCCGCUUUGAUGAUGUACGGGUUGCUUUGUGAGAGUCUGCACGAUUUUAUCAAGGAGUCGUAUGGAGACGAUGUGUGGAAGCUGGUCCGGGAGAGAGCAGAUGUCAGACUGCAUUCGUUUGUGACCCACCAGGUGUACAGUGAGAGUGUCAUUCCCCGCAUCGCCAAGGCAGCCAGCGGAGUCACUGGCACCCCAUACAAUGAGCUGAUGAACUCCUGGGGGGUCUACUUCUUAGGGUUUGUUGGGAAGUACGGAUAUGACAGAAUAUUAAAGGUGCUGGGUCGGCAUGUCCGAGACUUUGUCAACGGACUGGAUAACCUGCAUGAGUACCUGCGCUUCAGCUACCCCAAAGUGCAGCCUCCUACCUUCUUCUGCCAGGAGGAGUCUGCUACUGGAGUCACUCUGCACUACAGGAGCAAGCGGAAAGGCUAUCUGCACUAUGCUAUGGGCCAGCUGCGCCAGAUGGGGAAGCAGUUCUACGACACAGACAUCCAUGUGGAGGUUCUGUCUGAGCAGCUGGUGGGGGACUAUUCUCACGUCACCAUGAGGUUAAACUUUGAUAACUCUGCGUAUCGCUACAUCCAGAAGGAGGAUGAGGAGGAACACGAGAUCUUGCCCAUCACCAGUGAUUUCUUCUUCGAUGUCUUUCCAUUCAAUGUCGUCUUCCGCCAGGACAUGGUGGUGCACAACAUUGGCUCAGGACUGGCCACAGUUUUCCCUGAUUUGGACGGAAAGAAAAUUAAUGAUGCUUUUCUACUGGCACGCCCCCUGGCAGAGUUCACCUGGAAUAUGAUUAAUUCACACCCCAACAAUUUAUUCGAGAUCAUGUCCAAGGAGCCAGUGAAGAGAGAGCGGAACCUUCAGAAUCGUGUGCAAAACUCUGAUUACGAAAAUGCAAACCGCACUGCUGAUGUGGAUGUGGAGCUCAUGGCAUUUCAGUCCAUCAUUGGAGAUGAUUAUAAAGACGGGAACAGCGCAAACGCAACAGAGAGUUGGGGAGAUGGGAGCCGUUGCCUGAAACUGAAAGGACAGAUGAGAUACAUGCCUGAGUGGGAGUCCAUCAUCUUCCUGGGCACACCUGUAAUGGAAAGCCUGAGUGCCAUGUUUAAGACCGGGCUGUACAUCAAUGAUCUGAGCAUGCACGACUCCAGUCGAGAUUUAGUGCUAGCGGGGACACAGCAGUCUGAGGAGCUAAAGCGAGCAUUGAUACAGGAACAGAAAAAGUCCAGUAAGCUGGAGGAGAGCAUGAAGAUGCUGGACUAUGAGAUGAAGAAGACGGAUGACCUACUCUACAGGAUGAUCCCCAAGCCGGUUGCUAAGCGACUGCGGAAAGGGGAGCCGGCUGUACACACGUGUGAGGUGUUUCCGGAUGUGACGAUCCUCUUUAGUGAUGUGGUGGGCUUCACUCGCAUCUGCAGUCACAUCACUCCCUUGCAGGUGGUCUCCAUGCUCAACACGAUGUACACCCUUUUCGACACCCUCAGCGAGAAGCACCGGGUUUUCAAGGUGGAGACUAUCGGAGAUGCGUACAUGGUGGUGGCUGGAGCUCCAGAUAAGACCAAGUACCAUGCUCACAACAUCUGCGACAUGGCGCUAGACAUGGUCCGCUCCAUUGACCACCUCAAAGACCCCUCCACCGGAAACAACAUCCAGAUCCGAGUCGGAAUCCAUUCUGGCAUGGUGGUGGCAGGUGUGGUGGGACACAAGAUGCCUCGCUAUGGACUCUACGGUGACACUGUGCACACUGCCUCUGCCAUGGAGAGCAAUGGGAAGGAAAUGCAUAUUCAACUAAGCGGGGCCACCUACGAACACCUGAAAGGAAGCCAUUUUAUAUUUGAGCGCAGAGGAACCAUCACAAUUAAGGGUAAUGUGGAAAUUGAGACCUACUGGCUGAAGGGUAAGAGGGACAAAGAUGGCAAUGCCCAGGCAGCCUGCCCGCAGUUCGAGGCGCAGACCAUCAGCAAGACCACAAUCUCUCCCCCAGCCUCCCCGAUCCAUGAGAACAAGCUGAAUUUCCCUUCGGUGGUUGGAGAUGAUGAUGAUGAUGUUAAAUCUCUUCACUCUCAACGUAUAAAGAUAGAGGAACCCGGGAAUUCCUUGGAAGAAUCCUUGGAGGAGAGUGGUUUGGAGGAGCAGCCAGUCAGUAAGUCAAAUUUUAAAGACUCCCACAUGGAUAAUGGUUUGCAGGAUACCAGCAAUGUGCUGGACUCUCCUGAGUUCAAUGGGAAUGACUCCAUCAUCAAAUCUCCCACCUGUUCUACAGAGAAGAGUGUCACAUGCUCCCUCUGCUGAUUACAAACCUCCACGCCAGCCGCAAGCACAGAAGCGCGUCCUCUUUCAAUAGAAAAGAGCUUUGUAAAUGACACUGUAAUGUUGUUGUUUGUUUUUUCUUUUUAUAUGUGUGUCAUUCACAGUGGUCCUGAGGUUUGAUGCUCAAGAGUAUAGAGCUAAAAGGCUAACAUGGUUGAAAGGUCACAGCCUUACUUGGCUUUCUUGACUGAGGAAAUCAAACACAAUGGGAAAGUUGCCUGUUCAAAUUCUGUAAAUAAAUUAUUCUGAAAUGU